AUGGUGGUUUUCAGAAAGGGUGAUCAUGUGUGGCUGGACACUCAACCAAACAGUGAAUUUAAUGUCCCUAUUGGGGCAGUCGUGAAGGACUCUGACUCAGGACGGAUCUUGCUGGAGGAUGACGAAGGCAAGGAACACUGGAUCACAGCUCGGAACAUGCACAUGGUGCGCCUGAUGCACCCCUCAUCUGUCCAGGGGGUGGAAGACAUGAUCCGCCUCGGCGAUCUCCAUGAAGCAGGCAUGGUGCACAACCUCCUCAUUCGCCACCACGAGCACAAAAUCUAUACUUACACAGGAUCAAUCUUGGUAGCAGUGAAUCCAUACCAGCUGCUGCCCCUUUACACAGUCGAUCAGAUCAGACUGUACUGUAACAAGAGGAUUGGAGAGCUACCACCUCAUGUCUUCGCCAUUGCAGACAACUGCUAUUUCAAUAUGAAGAGGAAUAAGAGAGACCAGUGCUGUGUGAUCAGUGGAGAAUCUGGAGCUGGGAAGACUGAAAGCACAAAGCUAAUACUACAGUUUUUGGCAGCUGUCAGUGGCCAGCAUUCCUGGAUAGAGCAGCAAAUCCUAGAGGCCAACCCCAUUCUAGAAGCUUUUGGAAAUGCCAAGACAAUUCGAAAUGACAACUCAAGCCGCUUCGGGAAAUACAUUGAUAUCCACUUCAAUCAAAAUGGUGUGAUAGAGGGAGCCCGGAUAGAACAGUUUCUUCUUGAGAAGUCCCGGGUUUGCCGGCAGGCUCCAGAGGAGAGGAACUAUCACAUCUUCUACUGCAUGCUAAUGGGGAUGAAUACAGAGCAGAAAAAGAUGCUGAACCUGGGCACUGCUUCAGAGUACAAUUAUCUCACUAUGGGUAACUGCACGUCUUGCGACGGCCGGAAUGACGCAAAGGAUUAUGCCCAUAUCCGCUCUGCUAUGAAGAUCCUCAUGUUCUCAGAUUCUGAACACUGGGACAUCAGCAAGCUGCUGGCUGCAAUCCUGCACCUGGGGAAUGUAGAGUUCGAAGCGGCUGUGUACGACAACUUGGACUGCUCUGAUGUGAUGGACUCACCACACUUUUCAAUCGCAACCAAAUUGCUUGAGGUGGACUCCAGUGAACUCCAGAACAGCCUCACAAACCUCUCCAUCAUUGUCCGAGGAGAAAGUGUGUCCAGGCCCCUGAACAUAGUUCAAGCUGCAGAUGGGAGGGAUGCCUUUGUGAAGGGCAUAUAUGGACGGAUUUUCCUGUGGAUAGUGAACAAGAUCAACUCAGCCAUUUUCAAUCCAACUUCUCAGAAGGCUAGAGACAGACGUCAGUCCAUUGGGCUGUUGGACAUUUUUGGGUUUGAAAAUUUCAGCAAUAACAGCUUUGAGCAGCUCUGCAUUAACAUAGCCAAUGAGCACCUUCAGCAGUUCUUCGUGCGCCAUGUCUUCAAGUUGGAGCAAGAGGAAUACCUUGCAGAGCACAUUGCAUGGAAUAAUAUUGACUUCACUGAUAACCGCCAGGCUCUGGAAGUCAUUGCGCUCAAGCCCAUGAAUAUAAUCUCCCUCAUUGAUGAAGAGAGCAAGUUCCCAAAGGGCACAGAAGCCACCAUGCUUGUCAAAAUCAAUUCCCUCCAUGGCAAAAGUAAAGUCUACAUCCCACCUAAGAGUGUCCAUGAUACCAAGUUUGGUAUCAACCACUUUGCUGGGGUUGUCUUUUAUGAAUCAAAAGAUUUCCUGGAGAAAAAUCGGGAUACGCUGAGUGCUAAUGUAAUGCAAGUGGUUCAUUCCUCCAAAAACAAAUUCCUGAGAGAGAUUUUCCAGGUGGAAAUGACCCAACCUAGUCUGGGACGUGGGACUAUCCGGCAUCUUGGAGCUGACCAGGCCUACAAGGGCUUGGAUACCACCAAACGGCUCUCUACUCUGGGAGGACAGUUCAAACAAUCCCUGGAAAAACUAAUGAAAAUCCUUGAGCAGUGCCAGCCAUACUUCAUCCGCUGCAUCAAGCCAAAUGACUACAAGAAACCACUGUUGUUUGACCGGGAGCUGUGUAUCAAACAGCUGCGAUAUUCAGGGAUGAUGGAGACCAUUCAGAUCAGGAAAGCUGGCUACCCAGUUCGCUACAGCUUUGAGGAGUUCUUUGAGAGAUACAGAGUUCUCCUGCCAUGGUCUCUUCGAAAACAGCUGAAGAAUGAUGCUCGCCAGAGCUGUAUCAGCAUCUCUGAAGCAGUGCUGGGCAAGGAUGAAAGUUGGCAAGCUGGAAAGACCAAGAUUUUCCUUAAAGAUCAUCAUGAUACAAUAUUGGAGCUGCAACGCCAAAAUAUACUCACAGAUAAGGUUCUUCUUAUCCAGAAGAUGAUGAGAGGAUGGAAGGACAGGAAGCAGUUUCUGAAACAGGUUAUGCUGGGUUUCGGGCGACUGCAGGCCCUCUACCGGAGCCGGCAGCUUGCUAAACAGUAUGAAGCAACCCGGGCUUAUAUCAUCAGGCUUCAAGCCAUGUGCCGUGGUUAUCUAAUGCGUCAAAAGAUAGCAGAGCAGAAGAAAGCUGUAUGUAUUAUACAGGCAUAUGCAAGGGGCAUGUUUGCUCGCCGAAUCUACCAGAGGAUGAAGAGGGAGGUAUGCUCACAGAUACCUGCAGAAGCAAGACAAAGGAGGAAUGCUCUUGCCAAUAAACCAAGAAAUCAUGAUGUUAUCAGUGACCAAGAAAUGGUAGAUAAAAUUUUUGGGUUUUUACCUUCUAUGAUUGGAGGCCAAGAAGGACAGGCUCCUCUGGGUUUUGAGGACUUGGAAAUGAAGCUUAACAAGCUGGAUGAGGUGGACCUGGACAUGGUUCCCAUGAGUGUGGAGCUAGAAGAGGAAGCAGAUGGCUUGGAAGAGUACACCUUCCCAAAGUUUGCAGCUACUUAUUUCCAGGGGUCAUCUACACAUACACAUAUUCGGAGACAGCUGCGACACCCUCUGCUCUACCAUGAUGACAAGGACAACAUCCUGGCUUCUCUAGUCGUGUGGGUUAUCAUCCUGAGGUUCAUGGGGGACCUGCCAGAGCCAGCAAUGUUUGCCAAGAAUGCCACCACCAAGAGCAGCUCCAUGAUGACACAGAUACAUGACACCCUUGGCAGGAAAAACCAGGUCCAGUUUCUAGAGCACUCUGGGGUUCUGUUUGGUUUCUUUCAGGUGACAGACCAGCUGAGAAGUGGAGAAGAGGCUUUCCAAGAGGACAGCUCGAUCUCCGAGAGACCUAUGUCCAACCUAGAAAAAGUGCACUUCAUUAUUGGCAAUGCAAUUCUGCGCCCUGCCAUCAGAGACGAGAUUUAUUGCCAGAUUUGCAAACAACUCACUGAAAACAGCAACAGGAGCAGCUAUGCUCGAGGCUGGAUCCUUCUGUCACUUUGCCUUGGUUGCUUUCCUCCUUCAGACAUAUUUGUGAAGUACCUGUUGAAUUUCAUCCACCAUGGGCCCACAGGCUAUGCACCAUAUUGUGCUGAACGUCUGAGACGUACCUAUGUUAAUGGAGCACGGACUGAACCUCCGAGCUGGCUGGAACUUCAGGCAACAAAGCAGAAGAAACCCAUUAUGUUUAAUGUCACCUUGAUGGACGGCCAAAGCAUCACUGUUCCUGCAGACUCUGCUUCCAUUGCCAAAGAGAUCUGUCAGUUUAUAGCAGAUAAAACCAAACUGAAGGAUGUGUUCGGUUUUUCACUCUACAUUGCUGUGUUUGAUAAGGUCUGGUCACUGGGUGGGGGACGAGAUCAUGUCCUGGAUGCCAUCUCUCAGUGUGAACAGCUAGUGAAGGAGCGGGGCACGCACGAACGCAACGCGCCCUGGAGACUCUACUUCCGAAAGGAAAUCUUCACCCCCUGGCACAACUCCCAGGAGGAUCCUAUCAGCACUGAUCUCAUUUACCACCAAGUCAUUCGUGGCAUCCGGUUUGGAGAGUACCGUUGUGAGAAGGAGGAGGAUUUGGUGGAGAUAGGUGCAAAAUAUUGUUACAUCCAGUUUGGAGAUUCCAUUCACAAUGAACUUGUGCAGAAGGUGCUCCAUGACUGUAUCCCAGUGAAACAGCUGAAGUCCAAGCCCCUGGAAAAGUGGGUGAGCCUUAUAACCUACGCACAUGCUAAGGCCCCAUACACACAGGACCGUCUCUCCCGUCAGACUGUGAAGGAACAACUUGUAGAUUUUGCUCGCUUUCAGUGGCCUUUGCUUUUUUCCCGAUUCUUUGAAGUCACUAAGUUUUCAGGUCCCAGCUUGCCCAAGAACCACUUUAUUGUUGCCAUAAAUUGGAAAGGUAUCUGCUUCUUGGAUGAGUCAGAAAAACGGCUCCUUGAGCUGACCUUCCCAGAGAUAACUGGCAUCCACACCAACAGGUGAUCAUUUGGACAGAGUUGCACUCUCAUCACACUUCGUGCCGAGGAGUAUGUCCUGACAUCUGUAAACAGUGUUGUCAUUGCUGAACUGGUGGUCAUGUUCCUUGAAGGACUGAAGAAGAGAUCACGAUUCGCUGUGGCAAUGAAUGAGAAAAAAUCCCAAGAAGACCCUGCCAUCCUGUCCUUCAAGAAGGGAGACUUGCUAAUCUUCACCGAAGACAAAAGGCUGGAUGCAAACUCUGGCUGGAUUUGUGCCCAGAAUGAAAGGACAGGCAAAACAGGAAAUGUAUUUUUGGAAGAGAUCUACAUCAUUCCUUCUCUCACAAAACCUUCUAGUCAAGUUCUGAGUUUGCUGAUGAUGUCUCCAGACCAGAGGAGGACAGCUUCACAGAACUCCUAUGUGGAUGAACCUGAUGAAGAGGAUCUCACAGUGAAGCCUUACACCCUGGAGGAGUUCUCCUAUGAACACUUCAGGACUCCUGAGAAGGAAUCCAUCAGCAAAGCUGUUCUCCAGAAAUCCCGCGGGCGCAGUCAGCUGUGGGCACACUCUAAGGAGCCCCUGAAACAGCCCUUGCUAAAGACAGCAUGCACGGACCCUGAUCUUCGGGAUUUGGCUUGUCAGGCCUUCAUUGCCAUCAUGAAAUUCAUGGGAGACUAUCCCUCAAAACAGGCACACUCCUCUGUGGAAGUCACUGACCAGAUAUUUAUAGCAGCUAUCCAGGAGGAGGUUCUGCGGGAUGAGAUUUACUGUCAGAUUAUGAAGCAACUGACUGACAACAAAAACAGGUACAGCGUGACCAAGGGCUGGCAGCUCCUUUGGCUCUGCACUGGCCUGUUCCCACCCAGCAAGUCGCUGCUGAAACAUGCCCAGAAGUUCAUGGAGACACGUCAGAAAGAGACACUGGCCCUGGAGUGCAGUCGGAGGAUUCAGACAGUGAUGAGGAGCGGCUCCAGGAAGUGGGCACCUCAUCCUGUGGAGGUUGAGGCUAUCUUACAGAACAACACUAAGGUCUCACACAAGAUUUGCUUCCCUAAUGAAACAGAACAGACAUUUGACGUGGGAACAAACACCAAAAUCCGGACUCUGUGUCAGAACAUUGCUUCCAAACUGCAGCUGAGCUCCUGGGAAGGUUUCAGCCUCUUUGUGAAGAUUGCAGACAAGGUGAUCAGUCAGAAUGAAGCAGACUACUUCUUUGACUCACUAAGGCAGGUGACAGACUGGAACAGGAGGAACAAACCAGGGAAAGAUGGAGCUACUAUGUCUGUGGCUUAUGAGGUGUACUUCAUGAGAAAGCUGUGGCUGAAUGUAACUCCUGGGAAGGACCUGAAAGCUGAUUCCAUUUUUCAUUACCACCAGGAGUUGCCGAAGUACCUCAGAGGCUACCACAAGUGUUCCAAAGAUGAAGCCGUCCUGCUGGCAGGGCUGAUUUAUAAAGUGCGCUUCAACAAUGACCGCACACAGCUGGCAACCAUACCCAAAAUCUUGAAGGAGCUGGUGCCAGACAAUCUGGUCCGAGCAAUCUCACCAGAUGAGUGGAAGAAGAGCAUUACUGCAGCAUAUAGCAAACAUGAAGGAAAAACUGUGGAUGAGGCCAAGAUUGCCUUCUUGAAAAUGAUAUACCGGUGGCCAACGUUUGGAUCAGCCUUCUUUGAGGUGAAGCAAACCUCAGAGCCAAAUUUCCCAGAGAUUGUGCUGAUUGCAAUCAACAAGCAAGGCGUCUCACUGAUACAUCAGAAGACAAAGGAUAUUUUAACAGUUUACCCCUUCAAUAAAAUCUCCAACUGGAGCAGUGGGAGCACAUACUUUCACAUGACAAUAGGGAACCUGGUACGAGGAAGCCGGAUCUUAUGUGAGACAUCUCUGGGUUACAAAAUGGAUGACCUGUUAACAUCCUACGUACGCCUGCUAAUGAAUGCUGUAAACAAGCAAAAGAACCUCCCAGCAUGAGAGCAGAAAUAGAACCUACGGUCUAUAACUGUGCCAAACUACCUUUAAUUUCAUCUCCCAGAAGAAAUGCCAUUUAAAAAAUAUUAAUCUUGAUGAUCAGUCUUCUGAUCACACACUGAAUGAACUGUGUGGCUGAAACAUUACCACAAGAGAAGCUCAAGUGAGCAUGUGCUUUCAAGUAUCUGUAACACUUGUCUGUCUGAGAUGUAGUAGAAGAAUUCCAUUCAGAUUUUGGAUUUAGAGAAAGUUUAGCUGGAUUUUAAUGGG